AUGAAGUUAGCUACUCCCUUCCUAGUCUUAACUGCACUAAACAUUGUUAUACUCCACGCCAGGAGAGUUGAGCGCGGAUACCCCAGCGAUGUAACCAAGGCACACGACUACAACCUUAAGAGAGCCAUAAGGAGCGAAUUAGAGACAGCUUCAGAUCAAAUCGUAGAAAUCAUCGCUCAACAUGUUGAAAAAAUUUUGCAAGAACAAAGUCCCGAUGAGACUUCGUUCAUUCAAGAUGGAUGGAAGUCAACAGCUAAGAAGAUAACUAAAAAUGCAGUGGUUCAUAUUGCCAAGAAUACUAUACCAGUCAUAGCUGCCAUUGUUGCUGAUAGUGUAAAGCCACCGAAUACCGAUGUAAUUGUUUACAACAGUCUCUUCAAGCCAGUUUGCAAGGAUAUUUUUGACCACGUCUCGGCCAAACUUGAUAUCAAGCCCGAUGACUCUAUUUGGGAAUACAGUGGUGAUGAUGGUUAUGAAGAUGAGGAUGAAAAUGAAAAUGAAGAAGAUGAUGAAUUUAUAUAG